AUGGCGGCUAAAACUAAUGUCAAAGUGUACGUGUACUUUGGAGGGGGAUUUGUUGGUGAGUCGAGUUCCGCGAGACGGAGCAUUUUCGAAGAUGAAGACCCUAUAGGUGACUCAUUUGGGCCGAACAGUCUUGUGAAUUCCGAACUAUCCGAUGACGGAGACGACGACAAUGAAGAUGAAGACGUACAAGAUGGUGUUCGGGAGACGUGGUUGCAGCACAACGAGGCGGAAGCAGAGGAACAACCGACAUUGUAUGAGUCAAUCCCAUUUUUCUCGAUGUCGUUUCCAGAAGUGGCGGCAGAUUCAGUUGAUGUUGGAAGGGGUCGAUAUGAUAAGUUUUACGAUAGCGAUCAAGGUAUUCUUGAGGUUGGGAUGGUGUUUGAGGACAAAAAACGCCUUUGCGCCGCGGUGAGAGACCAUUCGAUUCGAUUUGCUAAACGUGAAUUCACGGUUGUCGAAAGUAAGCCGAAGCUAUGGAGUGUCAAGUGCAAGCAUAGCACACCUGAAAGGCCUUGUAGAUGGUCGUUGCGGGGAAUUGAAAAAUCGGGCAAAGGAUUCUUCCUUAUUACGAGAUAUGGUGGGCCCCACAAUUGCAUAAUGGAUGAAAUGUCGAAUGAACACAAGAAUUUGGACAGGAACUACAUUGCUGCCUUAUUGGUUCAGUCCGUUCGAGAUGAUCCAGCUUGCAAAAUAACACAAGCACAAAAUAUUGUGAGGUCUCAAUUAGGAUUUCAACUUUCAAAGAUGCAAGCUUGGUAUGGUUUGAAGCGUUGCAGAGAUAACUUGUUCGGGAGUUGGGAGUCCUCAGUGAACAAAUUGCCCAAGUUUAUGAAGGCACUCCAUAGAACGAACCCGGGUACGACAAUUGAGUGGGUUUUCAAACCAACAGACAUUCCAACACGGAAGAUGAUCAAGUACUUCUUUUGGGCCUUCAAGCCAUGCUUGAAUGGAUUCAAGUUCUGUCGAAAAGUUAUUAGUGUGGAUGGAACUCAUAUCUACACUAAGUACAAGCACAAGUUACUGAUUGCCGUUUGUUUGGACGCCAAUAACCAAGUGCUACCACUAGCAUUUGCUCUUGUUGACAAUGAAACCACGGCGGCUUGGAGGUGGUUUUUUCAAAUGCUACACAGACAUCUAAUUUCUCAAAUUCCAGAUGGAGAAAGCAUUUGUGAAAUUUCAGAUCGAGCUUCGGGAAUUUUACGAGCUUUAGCGGAGUUGCCCGAAUUUGCUCCCCUAAUGUUUUCACAGGUUUUGCUUGAGACACGUGUGCUCCAAUUUCAACAAACGUUUUAA